AUGGUGCUGCACAGAUUCAGUGAGUCCAAAGAGACCACGCAUGAAGCCUCCGCCUCCGCGUUCCACUUUCGAAAUCGCUUGCUGCGGAUGCCCGAGGUCACCGCCUUGGAGGAACAUGUCCAAGCUUUGGAAAAAGUCGAGAAGGAUGUGAGCGCCGUGAGGAACGAUCUGCUGGAGCUCAUUGCUCAGGCAGGUGGUGAGAAGACCGAGACACUGCCGAGGACGACGACCGGCUCCUUGGCUUUGAGCAUGGAGCUUGGCCGCACGACGACCCAUCCACAUGACACUGCCGCGCAGCGGGCCUUUGCCGGAAAGAGUCCAGAUUCCAAGGGCCGAGUUCCCAGAGCCGGCUCCUUGCGAAUGGGUACCUCCGGCCUCUUCUUGGAGUCAGAAGAGCAUUCUCGUGCCAUCAUUUGGGAGAGGCCGUGUAGCUGCCUGGGUUUCUGGCCGGUCCUUCAUCCGGAAGGACCUCCACGCCUGGUGUGGCUCACACCGGCCUUUGUCUUCGUGCUGGCCGAGGCCUUCUUGGUGCCCUUCAUGUUAGCCUUCGGUGUGGAGCCCGAUGACGAACCCUUCCUCGGCAUCGCCUUCCGUGUGGUGGACUUGUAUUUCCUUUUGGACAUCAUCGUGACCUGUCUCACAGGCUACCGAGACUCACGUGGGAACCUGGUCUCCGUUCCUGGCAAGAUCGUGAAGCAUUACCUGGUAGGAUGGUUUCUCUUGGACGCCGUGGCAGCAAUUCCAUGGACAUGGAUUGGCGACAGCUCUGUGGCGCAGGUGACGCGUGGAUUGAAAGUCGUGCGACUGAUCCGCCUGGCGCGGCUCCUGCGACUCGCCAAGCUGCGACAGAUCACCGAGGCGGCUGAGACCUACUUGGAAGGGAACUACGCAGCCGAGCUCUUCAUGGGCUUUGGCAAGGUGCUUCUGCUGCUCAGCGCUGUAGCUCAUUGGGGCGCCUGCUUUUGGCACGCGGUGGGCUCGCAGCAAGGUGGCUGGGUGGCAGAAUUGGAAGAGGAUUACAGAGGGAACGAGAACAAGGUCUUCGCUCGGUAUACCUGGUCGUUGUACUUCACCUUGACCACCUUGACCACCGUGGGCUACGGUGACAUCACACCAGUGACGACGGAGGAGUGUCGCUGGGUCUUGCUGCUGCUCCUGACCUCCGCCGUGAUCUUCUCGGGGCUUCUGGGGAUGCUGAGCGAUUUGGUGGCCUCGGUGAACAAGGAACACCGCAUCGUGGCAGCGAAGAAACGACAGCUGGCCAGGUACAUGUCGUGGCGAGCAGUGCCAAAGACACUUCUUUGCAAGGUGCGGAGGUACUUCCUGUUCAAGUGGGGAGCGCAGAAGGACUAUGACUUGUACGAGGAGGAGUUGAAAAAGGCCUUGACGCCCACCCUCAGAUCGGAGCUUUGCUACCAUAUCUACAAGGAGGUUCUCAACGCUGCCCCAUUCCUGGCAUGGAUGAGAGGCCACACGGCUUGCGUGAAGAGCCUGGCCACCAGCGUCCGCUCGGGCUUCCACGACUGCGGGGAUUUCCUCUUCCGAGCCGGCGAAGAGGUCAAGGACAUUUUCAUCCUGCUGGCCGGAACCACCAUCCUCUACAGGAACGAUCGCGAUGCGGAUGCUCAAGAGGACGAGCAGGAUGCUUUUCUCCCCGCCUGGGCGGAGCUGGAAGGGCCGGGUCUGGCAAGCCAGCGACGGGCCUUGCUCCGACACAUGAUCUCUUCCUUGGUGAAGCGCAUGAAAGCCAGGAAGCAACGGUCCACCUCGCUGGGUCGCUCGCGCUCCAAUGACUUGGAGAGCCAAUUCGUGGAGCGCUGGCACGACGAGAACCUGCUCCGAGGGCUCUCGGAGCUCCGGAAGCAAGAUGCGGUGCAGAAACACGCUGCCAUGCUGAUCCAGCUCGUGUGGCGUGAGAGGAUGAGGAAAAAACUGGACGAGAUUCACAAGAAACAUCGGCCAAGCAGUUGCUAUACCAUCGAAGCUCCAGCCUACUUUGCUGAGAGUUGCUUGUGGCCGCCAUUGAUGACCUGGAGCAAACGUGUUUGUCUACAUCAAUACACGGUCCGAGUGAAGUCACAGGUGGAGACCGUGUCGAUUCCCCGCUUGGCCAUUCUGCUGGUCAUCGAGAAGUUUUCACCGUGGCUCCGACAUCGCUUCGAGGUCUUUCAAGCGGCGGUGCUGGAGGAGAAGGAGUCCAUCGGCGAGACCGUCUCUCCGAAGUUCUCGGGGAAGCAGAGCAAUGUCUCCACCGUCGAUGAUCACGAUGGCGCCCAUCUUCCAAGCUCCAUCCGCCUGUGA